GAGGGGACCUUACAAAAGGGAAAAUUUAGUAACGUCGUGGCUUCGGUGAAAGCAAGUCGUAAAACGCUGGUUUUUCGUACACGGCGCGGAUAUUCGCGGCAAAUUUUCUGCAAACAAGGAUCGGGUUUUUCGGGUUAUAUUUGCAGAGUGUGCUAGCUUUAAAGAGACGGCAAAGGGUUUCUGGCUUGGCUUUGCUCGGGACGAUUUUCAAAGGAUAGACUGUUUGACGACGAUUACGAUUUAGGGCCGACCCACCCACAGCCGAAGUGAAGAAAGUAGAAAAUAAAAAUAAACGUUAGCUUAUCGGAUCGAUCCUUCCGCGCGAGUCGACCCGGACAUAAAUUGGCAAAUUAUGUGAAAUGCUCUUCCGGUGGUGUUAUCCUUAUCGGCGUUUCGGGGAGUCACUGUCCGCGGGCGAUUGGCGAACGGCUUUAGCUUAGUUAUCGAUUUUGACAUACCAGCUGUCUCGGUGUUUUCGGGUUUGGGCCAGCGGGGAAGUUACAUCACACUGAGCAUCCCGCACGUCUGUCUCCGGGGACUCGCCUUGGUGCCUGCUAGCGCGGUGCGGUCUAGUGACAGGACCGACCAUCAAGCGUUGCUGCCGCUCUGGCCGCUCGUUCGCUGUGUGUAGUGCGGUUUGUCUUGACUGUUUUGCCUCACGGCCGUCGCUGAAUCUGCGUUGCUCGCUUCGCUGGUAGUGUGAGUGUGAUGUUUAGCAGCAUAAAACAUCGUAACAUCGGGUGAUGGGAACAGCACCCGACAGUGAGGCAAGCACAAGGAAAAAGAGGUUCUCCUUUGAUUUAUUUCUCGAAAAUUGCGAUUUCAUAGGCAAAAGUGGGUGUUUGGAGAAUCAAGUCCAGAGAAAAAAAAAACAACAGCAAAACUCUACAUAAAUUUCGUCUGAUGUAAUGGAAAAUGAGAAAAAAUAAAGCGAAACAUGAUUAAAAUAUAUAACCGUACCGGCAGCAAAUGAAAACGAUUCGUGAAAACGGUGAUAUUUUUAGGCUUGCGGAAAACAGCAAAUAGGAAGGAAAAACAAUCCCCUGCGUACGAGGGAAGGAAAAAAAACCUAACACCGCGAGGGUCGAUUUGGGUGGAUGAUUUAUCGGAACAAGUGUUUGUGCGAAUGAAUUAUUGGUUGCCGCUUCCAGCGUUGUGAACCGUAGCGAUUCGGCGAAGAAAUUGGGUGAGAUCGAAAUUGAUCUUUUGGCCUCUGCCCGGCUUCGGGUGGAGCAUAUAAAUGAAAGAAAAAAAUAAUAAUAAUAGCGAGUAAAAUAUACACAUAAAAAUAUAUAUAAACGCCCGUAUCGGUACAGUGUGAUCUGGAAAACAAAAGCAAACCAAAAAAUAAAACCAUCUCACUAAUAGCUGCUGCCACAGAAGAGAUUGCUGGGCCGGUCAGGCCAAACGUCAACCGUAGAGCGGCUGACAGCGAGAGUGCGAGGUGGAUCUCGGGAAAAAUAUCUUGAUGCCACACGCACGACCUCCGGUGUGGAACAUCUAGGAGGAAAGCAGGCAGCCGCAACCCGUUCCGUGUUGGGGCGUAACACGAGUCCACGAUCCGAGCACUCGAUCGCCGUCGUAUCUCUGGACCAUAUUUUGACAGCUGACAGACGCGGAUAACUUUCGUGCCGAUGUAAGUGAUAAAUCAUUGCUCCUGUGCAGUAAGUAGGACUUCAUUGUAAAAUAAACACUCCCCGAGCCGGAGCUAACAAGAACCCGUCAAAGCGAUGGAGAACGCAUUCGAAGUUUGGAAUCCCAUUUAAGGUGGAAUAACCCCGGCAGUACGGUUAGAACCGAUCCGGAAGUGGCGUGCUGGUGCCGAAGUGGAAAACGUGCGCACAGGUGCUUUAGCCAGCGGAAAAUUGUUUUUCGUACGUUGACGGAAAAUACACGUGACACGACGAUCGGUGAAUUCCGGCUGUUGUUUCCCUGCCACCCACGACAGCGUCGGAACGAAAAAUCGCAAAAACAUGCCGUCGCAGCUCCAGCAGAAUACUUGAAGAUACGCGCGUUCCCUCGUCGUUGGUGUGGAGCGGAAAGGAAGAGUGACGCAGUCCAACAGUGUAGGCUGCCGAAGAAAAGAAAAAUCUUUAUUUUUUGGGGUAAAUUUGAAGAAACAAAUAAAAGUGGAAGUUGUUUUUCGAGAAAAGCCAAGGCAUUGAGAAAAUAAAAUGGUAAGCGCAGUAGUGGGGGUGUGUAAAGCCAACCAGAUGGCGAAUGUGAUUUAUUCCUUUGUGUUGGUGACCGUGUGCUUGGUCAGCAGUGCCCUCGGGGCACACUGGGACCAUUCCGUGUUUCUGGAUGACGACUACCGGCUGCUGUGGACGAUUUCCGGCUACGAUAUUACCUUCGAGGUCCAAGCCCGAACGCAUGGCUACAUAGGGUUGGGUUUCUCUAAGGACGGCACCAUCUACGGAGCCGAUAUCGUCAUCGGCUGGGUCGACCAAGGACAAGUUCAUUUCCAGGAUCGGCACGUGAAAAAGAACGGCGACGGCCAGCCACUAGUGGACUCGUCCCAGGACUACGUCCUGCUGCUUGGCUAUGAGAAUCAGACGCACACGGUGCUGCGGUUCAAGCGGAAGUUGGACACCUGUGACGUGGCAUACGACGUACCGAUAACUAACGACACCAUGCGCGUGAUCUACAUGUACCACGACGAGGAACCGCACGGGUCGUCGUACACCCCGGGCAGCCUACCGGAUCCGGCCGAGGCCUUCAAGCAGGCCCGUUCCCUGUUUCUGACGCAGCGCGUCAAUCAGGCCCCAAUCAAGCUCGACGCCCGGAUGAAGAUCAUGGAGCUGCGCAAUCAGGAUGUCGAGCUGCCGCGGGCCGACAACACCCUGCACUGGUGCAAAAUGUUCAAGCUGAGCGAUAUCAAUCGUAAACAUCAUCUGAUUAGGUACGAACCGGUCUUCGAUUCGGCUUCCAGCGUGCCGUACCUGAAUCACAUCAUUCUGCACGAGUGCCAGGGCUCAUCGCCGGAGCUGGAAAUCAUGUCCCGGGAGAACGGGCGACCUUGCUACCAGGCUGACCGAUCGAUACUGACGUGCAACUCGAUCGUGGCUGCCUGGACGAGGGGUUCAGAGGGUUUUUCCUUCCCAAACGAGGCUGGUUAUCCGCUGGAUUCGAAUCAGGCUCGGUUCUAUCUGAUGGAAACGCACUACAGCAGCAGUGUGGAGUUCGGCGAAAGUAACACCAACUCCGUCAAAAGUAAAGUUAUGGUGGAUAAUUCCGGGCUGAAAAUCUACUACACAAGUUCGCUCAGGAAUCAUGAUGCGGGAGUUCUGUCUGUGGGAAUGGAUCCUAAUUGGAGACACAUCAUUCCACCCGGGCAGGAGCACGUUGUUUCCGAGGGGCACUGCGUUGGCGAGUGUACCCAGCGAGCGUUCCCGAGGGAGGGAAUCAAUAUAUUCGCUGUUAUGAUGCGCACUCAUAAAAUUGGACGACAAAUCAAACUACGCCAAAUCCGAUACCGGGAGGAGUUGCUACCGAUAGCGCACGACCGGAACACAGAUUACAACUACCAGGAGUACCGAAGAUUGAACGCUCCGGUGCGGGUACUUCCGGGGGAUCGAUUAAUUGCCGAGUGCAUCUAUGACAGCUCGGGAAGGGCCGCCAUCACGCUUGGCGGUUUGACCACCCGGGAGGAGACUUGCCUAGUGCUGACGCUGUAUUUCCCCCGGCAGAAGGAACUAACGACGUGCCACUCGCUGCCGAGUUUGCCGACGGUGCUGCACUCGCUGGGAAUCAACGAAUUGGUUCCUGGCUCUAAUCCAGUCCGAAUUGCGUCCCCGGCGGAACUUUCCGGUAUGACGCUCGAGACGCGACUCAUCUCUUACGACUGGCGGAACAACUUCAAAAGUUUCCAGUACGUAACGCGCAAAGGAUCCUUCAAGCCACUCUGCUGGAGUGCGAAAAAUCAACCGCUAGCGGGCACCGAGAGCUUAGACGGCUACGCCCCGAACAUCACCAAAUCCUACAAGCUGACCAAGUCGUGCAGCUUCAUCCGGCCGGUACCCGGAACCGGCGUCGGAGGUCCGAACGUAGCCAACGUGUACUUCCAGAACCGUAACCGGUACGUCACCGAGUCGGAAACGAACGUCGAUCUGCCGCUAGUAGAGGACGAUGAGCUGGACGACAACAACGUGAUAGAGGGAGCCGCCCGCAGCAAAGUGUCUCGCAGCUCAGCCACCGAAUCGAUGGGACUGAGCGGGGCACCGUUCGUCGGUAUCCACUGCCAGCUGGGAGCGUAUCUGCUGUUUAUCAUAUUCCUGAACUCGUUCCGGAUAGCGUAAGCGGUUCUCUAGGCGUGUGACGUUGCUUUUUGCGUUCACCGGAUCGGCGGGCUGCUCUGUGUAUACACGUGAGAUAGUGCUUUCUAUUUUUAGGAAAGUUGCAACUUUUCUACCCCUUUUUAUGUAUUUUCGUAUCCGAGAGAGAGGCUGCGGUAGAAAAGUUUAGAAACCAUUUAACAAUAAGUAGCCAACAAAUUGCACCCCGACUGUGGAAAGAGACUGGAAAACGUAAGUGAGAGAAAGAGCGAGAGUGAUAGAGGGAAAACAAAAGUUUUGAUGGAGUUUUUUUGUUGGUACCACCCUCGAACACGGAGAUCGUCAUUCGCCCAAGGACCAACCCCAAGGAAGAAGCAGGUGACGAUAGCAAACAGACGGCAAAGAGAUGAAGGAUCGUGUGUAAAUAGAUUGGGAAGGAAGUGAGAAGAGUGGAAGUUAUUUUUGAAAUGGGAAAAACUUCUUAAAAAUUGUUCUUUUUUGGCAGUUUUUUAUUGUUUUGUACAGAGUAUAAAGUGAUUCGCGAUAUAGAGAGAAAGAGACAGAGAGUCCAUAACCUUAAGACAGUAGCCACCCAGUAGAAAAUCGAAAAAAAAAACAGAAUAGCAUUACAGUGAGUUGUCUGAAAUCGCUGGAAAAGCUCACAAUAUGGUAACUUUAAUGAAGAUACUUUUAAAACGGUGCAAGUUCAGGGCAGGCCGGAGCGGAAGAUGUUUGUAAAUAGCAGGUGUUUGAUCGGGAGGUAUCAUUCCCUGGCGGCUGAGAGCGGUUUGUAAAUUACCGGGCCACUGACCUGAAAGGAAACUCUAGCAAAACAACAUUUUAGCAGAUGUGAACAUUUUAGUGUCUUUAAAAUAAGAAAUGGAACCGUACUCCGUAGUCUAGUCAGUAAUAAGAGGACAGAACCGAGAAAAAAAAACUAGUUUUUGUUACAUAGCGUCUAUACCUACUGUUUUUUGUACGCUCUGCUGUUUCCUGUAAAAGAGAACUAUAAUCGACGCCCGCGCCGGUGAAAAAAGCUUUGGGCUUUGACCGCACGGCAGGACGUCCUAGGUUUCCACUCUACCCGCUAUGUUGAAAUGUUAUUUUAUAGCGUGCAGUUUAAUUCGGCUUUUUUUUCACUGACAACUAGCCGCCUCCACUAGCGAUCGGUGUCUUCUCUUGAUUGUGAUUCUGGAAAAUAUAAAAAAAAACAAAAAUCACACCACACUCACAGUGCACCAAUCCCGCAAUUCGACAAAAGGUAGACGGAAGGGGAAAACAGGAAGCGCAAAACUUGUAGCUAAUAUGUUUUCCGCCGUCAUCACCGACCGAGAAAAACCGAGUAACCUUAAGCGAAAGACAAUCAUAACCCACAGCCAGGCUGCCAUCGUCGAGAAAUGGCGGAAGAAAGUGAGACAGAGUGCCGAAGCGAGAUAGUUAGUCGCAGGAAUGGAAAGGGCAGAAUGAAACAAUCUUGAAUUUAUGAGGAAAAUAAAAGAAAAAGUUUUUUUUCCUCUCCUCGUAGCUCGUAGGGAAGGAAACUGUGUCAGCACUUUUCAGCAGGCGCGCGCGUCUAUGGGCUGCGACUGGGACUGAAAAUGGUGAAUUUCUUUGUGACCUGCUUUAUUCUUCUGUUUUUUUUUUUUCAGUAGUAAACGGGAAAAUACCCUCAUAAUUUGAGCGGUUUUUUCUUCCUUUAGAAGGGAUAAUUUUUUUUUGGGUGGAAAAAUACGGCGCUCCCUAGUGGCUGAAAGAAGAAUUUUCAAGCCAUCGGAGAUGGAAUGGAAGAAGCUUCGAGUGACAGUAAUGUAUCACAGGGUGAGAAACCAUUCGUACGAGUUUUAGAACCUGUGCCAUAAAUAUCCGUUCGAAAGUACGGUUUUAAUCUCGUACGUGAGAUGAAUGAUUUUUUCAUCCUUUCAGUACAAUUGAGUGGUGGUUCUUUGAAGUAAAUUUGUGGGAAAAGGUUACUGAAAUUUAAGCACACAAUUGAACAGUUGAUCCAUAUUUGUUUACCCACAGUUUCCUUCCUCAGCACAAAACAAAACACCCACGAAAAAGAGAAGACGCCUCGCCGUUGUUUGGCUAGCAGUCAGCUAAUUGUAAAUGACAUUGUUCCCGUUAGAAGCGGCAUUCUGCCGCGAAUUUUUGAAUCCCAGAAGUGAAUAAAAAUUGCUGAAACACACAGAAAAAUACGAUAUAUACGAAAAACUCAUUCUGAUGUCAGAAAGGGAAAACAUCCUACCGACCGUCGGAUCUUUUUUGCUGAGGUGGCAAGCCACUGAAAACGGGAUAGCGAGAAAGAAAAGGCAAGCAAACUAAAUAGAACUAUGAAAGUUUAUUUUAUAUAUUUUCUACCAUGAGAAGAAAAACAAUUGCGGAUGAGGUAAACAACUACAAGAAGAAGAAAAAAUAUAUGCAAAUGUGAUAUCGUAAAUUUAACUAAAUAAAUGAAUGAGAAUUAAGUGGAUGUAAAUACGUUUAUAGUGAACUAUUCUAUAGGAAAACGGGGAAGCAAACCCGUGAAAAAAUCAGUCACGAUGUUCGUUGCUAGACACGAGGGAAAGAAAAUAUAAACACAACGUAUAGCACUUAGCGCGAGUAAGAAAAUAGCGAGCAAACAAAUCGUUUCCAAGCCUUGUUUUAGUUUCACCGAUUGUUUUAGUUCUAACGAACGGCGGCUUUGCUUUCUUUCCCCUAACUGCUUUUCUCCUGCCUGCUUUUGAACCAUCAUAGCGUUCUCUUUUCUUCUGAGUUGUGUUGAUACCUUCGAACAAUAACAGUUUAAAACAUUUUAACUUUAUUUCAUUUCAAAAAUCUUACCAAAAAUGUUUGUUAAAUGUUCCACCAAAUUCAUUUCAUAUUUUUUCCUGCCAAAAUCUCCUACCUCUUUCAGUGUCUCAAAAGAUAGCUAGAGCAGAUGAGAGAAAUUUUCCAUCCAGACAGAGCAGAUAAGUUCUACAGUACUGACCGUCUUUCAGGACAGAAAUCAAAAAAAAAAUAGAAUCACGAGAACAACAUAAUACGAAAUAAAAAAAAACUUUGUCAGAAAAACACACAAAAAUGUAAUGUUAAAAUAGUGAUAAAAAAGCGCCACACUAAAAAAAUACCUGUACUUCUACAACUGCGGUCCUAACACUAUUUGCUACUACCACUACCGUCACUACCCCUACUCACCUAGCACAAAAUGAUUACAUAAAAUCCGUACGAGCGAAAAAAAGCAAACAACAGAGCACCAAAAUUUUAAAGCUGCUAAAAUCACCAAGCGAAACCCGGCGAAGCCUUUGUUUUGUUUUGACUCCGUCAGUUCCGCCAAGGUAUUGUUUAAUUUUUCGUUCGUCCAAAAAACCACUCCCGAACGGCUGCCGUACGUUGAAAAUUAAAUUAUAUUUAAAUGAGAAGCAAAACCAAACAUUCUGCUCUAAAGCGAAUGGUCAUCUAUGGAAAACGAAAACCGAAGAAAAAAUUUCGUUUCCACCCAAGCCAGUAGCACGAUGGAAGCGAAAAGCGCUGAAAAUGUAGUAAAAUCUACUCUCCUACUCGAUGGACUUGGGCAUUUGGGACAUAGAAGGGGGCAACCGUAACCGUAGGCAAAAAAAAAAUCGCGGCAAACAUUGCAUGUAAGCAUUUUUGUACGAUCCAAAAUUGUUUCGCUUCGGAAGGAAAAAUUAGCAGUAGCAACACGUUUCGACGAAAAUUGUGGUAAUUAGAACAAUGUUUUAUCCUGGAAACCGUAGAGAAGUCCAAAGUGUAAGCAAACAUAGUCGUGAAACUUUAAUUUAGAAACACCGCUCCCAAAAAAAAAAACUGGUGAGACUCGUGCAAGGAUGAAUGAGAGAGAGAAAGCGAGACCACCACCAGCGUUGGGAUUAAAUGUUUAGGAAGUAUUUGGGAAGCAGUGCAGGAAUCGCCCAGUGCGUGAAUAGGCGCGGAAUGUUGGAGUGAAACGAGCGAAUUCGAGCGCUAAUUAUAAAUAGUUACUGUGGAAUAAGACAACCGUUGUAAACUGAAUCACAGAAAGAAAACAAGUGGAAAAAGCAAUACGAAAGUAAAAUAAAUUUAGAUAUCAAAAUAAA